GCUAAAAACGCUGUUAGUAUUUGAAUAAUAUGUCAUCUCAAAACCACAUUAACGUUAUAGACAUAUAUAAGUUCAUCAUGUUUCAUGGAAUACCUGCCUCUGGAGUGAUGGGAGGAACACCUGCCAACAAGCCAGAACUGUAUGAGGAAGUGAAAUUGUACAAAAAUGCCAGAGAAAGAGAAAAGUAUGACAACAUGGCAGAGUUGUUUGCUGUGGUCAAAACACUCCAGGCACUGGAAAAAGCUUACAUUAAAGACUGUGUGACUCCAAACGAAUACACAGGAGCUUGCUCAAGAUUGCUUGUCCAGUACAAGGCUGCUUUCAAACAAGUCCAGGGGUCAGAUGUGGGCUCCAUUGAUGACUUUUGUCGGAAAUACAGGCUGGACUGUCCACUAGCUAUGGAGAGGAUCAAAGAGGAUCGACCAAUCACCAUUAAGGAUGACAAGGGCAACCUGAAUCGCUGCAUUGCAGACAUAGUUUCUCUCUUUAUCACAGUGAUGGACAAGCUUCGACUUGAGAUUCGUGCUAUGGAUGAGAUCCAGCCUGACCUGAGAGAGCUCAUGGAGACCAUGAAUAGAAUGAGCAACAUGCCUCCAGAUUCAGAGGCCAAAGACAAAGUCAGCCUCUGGUUAACCACACUAAGCAGCAUGUCUGCAUCUGAUGAGCUGGAUGACUCCCAGGUUCGCCAGAUGUUGUUUGACCUGGAGUCUGCCUACAACGCCUUUAAUCGUUUCUUACACUCUUCUUAAAUGUUCAUUCCCUCUCUGAGCUCUUUGAACUCCUUUUCAGCAGCUUUUUAUCAAACCAUUUUCCCUAUUUUGCCCAUGUCUGUUGUAGGAAUGUAGGAACCUCAUAUCCAAUUAGAGUACUGUUUACUAAGGCUUACGUUGUUCAGUAAUAAAAUCAGGAUUGUAUUAUUCACAGAUU